CAGAAAAUUUUUGAAAAAAGAAAAUGAACAUUGUUAGCUUCGAUUCCGAUGGGCAUGGAAAAAGGACAAAAUUCGCUUGUCUCAAUGACAGUGCUCUACUCACUGAUGCUUAUUCUUCUCGCUUUUCUUCUGUCCUUUUCACGCUUCCCUCCUCCUCUCAAUCACUUUCCCAAAACCCAUUUCCCUGAUCUCCCUCCUCUCGAUUCACUCAUAACCCAUCGUUGGAUCAUCUCCAUCAAUCUGCUUUUACUUCUUCAUCUGGAUAGCCUUCUUUCUCUCGCAAUUUCGACGUUCAUUGAGCUUUUUCAUGCCUAGUCCCAGCUCCCGUUAAAGACCCAGAUUUCCCCAUACGGGUUCUUCGAAUUAGGGUUUUUUUAAGUUCGUUUCCGUGUUGGGGAGACCUUGUAAGGGGAUUUGUUUUCCAAUUAGUCAAGAAAUAAUGCCUGUUGCAGGCACUGGAAUGGUUGCUGAAGAGGGAAGAGCACCCUACUCGUUUGCUUUAGAAUACGAAGGUCCCCCAAUACCACACCAUGAUCUUCCGCGAGCUGUUCCAAUUGAUAUUCGUAAGAUUCCUGUGGCUGCGGUUGUUCACAAGUCACGCUUUCCUGAUAACACUGGUAAACACUCUAUGCCUAUUGUACAACCCAUUCUUGCAUCCGACAUCGCCACCAACUUCGCCAAAUUAGACCUAGGGUUGGGUACCGGUACUGAAACCGAAACCACUGUUUCUCCGGCUCAUGACGGUGGGUUUGAGGAAAGAAGUUCGAGUAAUCCCGACGUGUUCAUUAGUUCAGGUGAGUUUCUGGAUAUGAUUAACAGCUCGGCUGGACUUGGGUCGUCUUCUGUGAGCCAAGAUCACUCAUACGAGCUAUCCGGCAGGGGUGAGAGUUCAGGUACUUUAGGAUUCUCCGAUAGUUUUGAUAAGUCGAGAGAUUUUUCCGGAAAUUCACUAGCGUUUAGAGCUUCAAACGCUUGCAAGGAGAGUCUAGAUUUCAAUGAAUUGAAUCAAUCCGAUUGGGUGUCAAAUGGGUCAAGGUUGAGCUUCGACUAUCCAUCUUCACGUGUCUCUUCUCUCAAAACUGGAGAUUGUAAUAAUGAAGGACCCGCUUGUGAUAAAAGAAGCAACCCACUUAUUACUUUUCGGGACAUCGAAUCUGAAGAUGAAGAUUUUCUUGAUGAUCUUAAUCAACCUCAACCUGAUAUUGUACGUUUAAAAAGAGAACCAGAAGUGAAAACAAGAAAAGGGGCUUGUUAUCGAUGUCUUAAAGGAACCAGGUUCACUGAAAAAGAGGUCUGCAUAGUUUGCAAUGCAAAAUAUUGUGUUAACUGUGUGCUUAGAGCAAUGGGGUCAAUGCCAGAAGGAAGAAAGUGCGUUACUUGCAUUGGAUAUUCCAUUGAUGAGUCAAAGAGGGGCAAAUUAGGAAAAUGCUCUCGAAUGCUAAAACGCCUCCUUAAUAACCUUGAAGUUAGACAGGUAAUGAAAGCAGAGAAACUAUGUGCUAUCAAUCAAUUGCCCUCAGAGUACGUUUGUGUAAAUGGGAAACCUCUUUCUCAUGAAGAACUUUCCAUACUUCAAAGCUGCCCAAAUCCUCCUAAAAAACUUAAACCUGGAAAUUAUUGGUAUGAUAAAGUAUCUGGUCUUUGGGGAAAGGAGGGAGAAAAGCCUUUAAAGAUUAUUAGUCCACAUUUAAACGUUGGUGCCCCAAUUAUGCCUGAUGCUAGCAAUGGAAACACAGGUGUUUUUAUAAAUGGUCGCGAGAUUACAAAAGUUGAGCUAAGAAUGUUACAGCUAUCAGGAGUCCAAUGUGCUGGUAAUCCUCACUUUUGGGUUAAUGAUGAUGGAUCUUAUCAAGAAGAGGGACAGAAAAACACCAGAGGAUAUAUAUGGGGAAAGGCUGGAACAAAGCUGGUUUGUGCUGUUUUGUCACUACCAGUUCCAUCCAAGACAAUUUAUCCCACUGGAGAGCAAUUGAGCAACACACUUAGUCAAUCAAUCCCAGACUAUUUUGACCAAAAUGCCCCUCGGAAGCUUCUUUUAAUCGGAUGCUGUGGAUCUGGUACAAGUACAAUUUUCAAACAGGCUAGAAUUUUAUAUAAAGAGACCCCUUUUACUGAUGAAGAACGUGAAAGUAUCAAGUUUAUAAUUCAAAGCAAUGUCUAUGGCUACCUUGGAAUACUCCUUGAAGGGCGUGAACGUUUUGAAGAUGAAGCAUUGAAUGAUAUCAAGAAAAAUGAUAUUUCUGAAAAUGAGAAAACUUUGUAUUCGAUAUGCCCGAGGCUGAAAACGUUUUCUGAUUGGCUGCUUAAAACCAUGGUGGCUGGGAAUCUUGAAGACAUAUUCCCAGCUGCAACAAGGGAAUAUGCUCCUGUUGUUGAGGAACUCUGGAAUCAUCCAGCCAUGAAAGCCACUUACAAGAGGAGAAUGGAAUUGGAGAUGCUCCCCAGUGUUUCCAGUUAUUUCUUGGAGCAGGCUGUUGAUAUAUUAAGAGCAGACUAUAUACCUUCAGAUGUCGACAUCUUAUAUGCUGAACAUGUCACUUCUUCUAAUGGUCUUUCAAGCAUUGACUUUUCAUUCCCUCCAUUAUCGCCUGAUGAAACCAAUGACACAACUGAUCAACAUAAUUCUCUACUCAGGUUCCAACUCAUAAGAGUGCAAGCAAGAGGCUAUGGUGAAAACUGCAAAUGGCUAGAAAUGUUUGAAGAUGUUGGAGUAGUCAUAAUCUGUGUUUCCUUGAGUGAUUUUGACCAAUAUGCAACCGAUGUAGAUGGAAAUUUGAUGAACAAAAUGAUCCUAAACAAGAAGUUCUUCAAGAGCAUUGUGACACAUCCAACAUACGAUCAAAUGGAGUUUCUUUUAGUACUAAACAAAUUUGAUGUGUUUGAGGAAAAACUGGAACGGUUCCCACUAACAUGUUGUGAGUGGUUCAGUGAUUUUAAGCCGAUAGUGAGCCGAAACAGCCACAACAAGAACAUAAGUAGCAACAACAUUAAUCAUAGUCCUUCAAUGGGACAAAUGGCUUCACAUUAUGUUGCUGUGAAGUUCAAGAAGCUGUUUGCAUCAAUUACUGAUAGAAAGCUGUUUGUUUCAGUGGUGAAGGGGUUGGAGCCUAAUAGUGUGGAUCAAACACUAAAGUAUGCAAGGGAGAUACUUAAAUGGGAUGAAGAGAAACCCAAUUUUAACUUUAAUGAAUACUCCAUGUAUAGCAGUGAAGCAAGCUUAGACUCCCAAUGAUAAUGAUCCCACACCCUUUAAAGACAGACAUUAAUGUACAUAAAAUGGUGGUAUUCCCAAUUUGAUUUGGUUAGCUGUUUGGUUGGUUGAGUUGUAUUAUAGAAUUUUAAAAUGAAUCAGAAUUUAGGUGAUGAUAUAAAUGUAUGUAUGCAUC